AUGGUGCCGCCAACCACUGGUGAGAAGGGCUCUGGAGCUGCAGGGAAUGAAGAGAAGAAUAAAGCAAAUGAAACCCAACCUGCAGCAGAGGAAAAAGAAGUACCUGAGAAGAAACCAUCGGGGACUGCUGCAUCGGAGAGCGGCAGUUCAGCUGUAGAUACACCCCAAUCGAAAGAACAGUCAGCAGCUAGCGAAAAGAAUGCCGAUUCAUCAAAAGAAACAGUUCAAACCAAUGCAGCAUCAGCUCCCGCUGCAGCUGCUGCAUCUACUGCAGCUUCUCCUGCUGCUGCAUCGUCUACUGCAGCAUCAUCAGCUGGCGCCCCAGCAUCAUCCAGCGCUGCACCAGGUGUACAGACAGCUGAAGCUACAAAAGGAGGGAAAGGCCCGGAGCUGCUUGCGAACGGCCUACCAAAAAUAGUGUAUGAUCUUCCCAGUGCUUCAUCAUCAUCUUCAGGAGGGGCUCGCCCUAAUGUUUAUUUAGAUGCUGCGGAUUCACAUUUAGAUUUACAAAUAGAUAAAGAAAACCCUUUAAGAGCGACAUGCAUGCACACAGGGGGCUUCCAGUAUAUGUGGAAAGGUGUACGUGCUUCUUGCGGUGUUAAAGGAAGAGGUAAAUUCUUCUUUGAGGUGAAAGUUGAGCAAAAGUCAGCGCCUGUCGUUAUGCCGGAUACUCCUAUUAAUACUCAGCAUGUCUGCAGAGUUGGUGUCAGUCAACCCCUCACAAGUUUACAUCUCGGAGACUCAGCAGAAUCGUGGGGCUUUGGAGGGACUGGAAAGAAAUCAACAAAUCGCAAGUAUAGCGACUACGGGGCGUCGUUUGGUGAAGGAGAUGUGAUAGGUGUUUGUAUAGACUUUGAAAAUUUAGUAUUGUCUUUUACUAAGAAUGGACAGUAUCUAGGAACUGCAUUUGAAUUGCCUGCAGCUGUAAGAGAGACAGGUCUCUUCCCGCAUAUCUACGUUAAAAACUACAAUUUUUCUGUUAAUUUUAGUGAAAAAAAUCAGUCAUUUAAACCCCCUGGGCCUCAGUUCAAAUUCAUUGGCGACCUACCACACAAUGAGCUGUUGCCUAACCCAGUGGAGCAUCCGCAGUCUGUAUCAGAGUGCGAGUUUAUAAUGAUGUGCGGUUUGCCUGCAUGCGGAAAGACAUAUUGGUUGGAGAAGCAUGUGGAUAGACACCCGAAGAAGGCGUAUGUGUUGUUAGGAACAAAUGCAGUUAUAGAUCAAAUGAAAGUCAUGGGGUUAAAGAGACAAGCAAAUUAUGCAAAUCGCUGGGAAGAGCUCAUGUCUACUGCUACAGAAGUAUUUAAUAGCCUCGUCGCAUAUGCAGGCUCAGGUGUAGUGCCGAGAAAUAUCAUUAUUGAUCAAACAAAUGUCUUCAAACGCGCAAGAGCAAGAAAAGUGCAGCCUUUCCUCUCUUGGGGGGUGCGGCGGUGCGUAGUGAUGGUGACAGACGAGCGGACGCUUCAGGAGCGAACCCAAAAGAGAGAAAGAGAAGAAGGGAAGAUGGUGCCUGUGUCUGCAGUGAUGGAUAUGAAGGCGGCAUUUGCUCUCCCUUCGUUUGAUGACGGGUUUACAGUAAUUGAUUAUGUAGAAAUGCCGGAGAGCGAAAGUAGACGAGAAAUAAGAAGAAUUAAUGAAGAGGGAAGAGCAUACAAAGCAAACAACCCAGGAGUGACGCAUCAGCAGCAAAAAGACACAAAGGAGAUCACUGGCAAGCAAACCCUUCUGGGGGCCCCCAUUCGUCUUGGGGGGGCCCCCAUGGGGGCCCCCCUCACCAAUCCUGGUCCGGGGGUGGGGGACCCCAAGGGGGCCCCCCUGGUGGACGGGGCCCCCAAGGCUAUGGGGGCCCCCAAGGGGGACGGGGCCCCUGGGGAGGUCAGGGGCAGCAGCAGCAGUGGGGCGGGGGGGGCCCCCAAGGGGGCUGGCAGGAGCAGCAUAGGAGCAGCAGCAAUGGGGGCCCCCGAUAUAAUUCAGGGGGGAAUGGUGGAUAUGGAGGAGGAUACGAGUAUGAUUCUCAUUACCAGCAGCAGCAUCAGCAGGGGUACGACAGCAAUUAUUACUCGCAGCAGCGGCAGCAGCAGCACGGGGUGUAUGACUCGCGGGGAGGACAGCAGCACUACCAGCAGCAGCAGCACCAUCAGCAGCAGCAGUGGCAUGAUGCAUACUCGAAUAACAGAGGCUGGCAGGGCCCCCCUAACUACGGAGGAGGGUCGAGGGGUGGGUAUUACCAGCAGCAGGGCCGCUACUGACUUUGUGCGUGUGCAUUGA